CCGUCCUCCCGGACGUGUGACUUUCCUCCUGGCUGGUGGCUGGGGGGCUUUUACACUUUUUCUGAUAGCCGACGAGGGAGAGGUAUCGGUCUGAAUCGAACGCACGCAAGCGUUCAAUUGCACCCUCCUCGCAAUCCAAGCCAGCGGGCACGUUUUCUCGCUGCGCGAAUUCGCAACCCCCCCCCCCCCCCCUCUUUUCUUUCCGUCAAAAGGUUGGUGCCCGAAUCUACUUCUCUCCUUCCUUGUUGGGGGUGCAAUGCAUCACCAUCGGCGCGGAGAUCUCCAAGAGAACCUAUGCUCUCUCCCUCUGUUCGCCAGAUUAUAAUCGCGGGCGGAACGUCAUCAUCAUUUUCAUCAGUCUUUCCCGGUUCCGGCUCCGGCUCCGGCUCCCGCACGGACAUGUCGAGCAGUACGGUCUUAUGGGCCAGCUUGCGGAGCUCUCCCUCCACCGGUCUCCGGGGGCAUCAGAAACCUCUCAUUCCCAGCAGCAGCGUCAGGAGGAGGUGGGGCGGUUCGUGCUGGGAUCGUGGGAGGAAGAUCCUCUGCGCCUGCACCGCCCCUCCGCGGAAUUGGGGCGACGGCCCUCCUUCCCUCGAUACCUAUAAUUCAUCCAUCUCCAAGAAUUUGGGAGUGGGUAAUGAUGUCAGGGAUGAACAUGACAUUCUUAUCGAGUGCAGAGAUGUCCACAAAUCCUUCGGGGACAAGCAAAUAUUGAGAGGUGUGAGCUUCAAGAUUAGGCAUGGUGAAGCUGUUGGGAUUGUAGGCCCUUCAGGCACUGGCAAAUCAACGGUGCUCAAGAUAAUGGCCGGGCUUUUAGCCCCAGACAAGGGUGAGGUUUUUAUCUGUGGAAGAAAGAGACGUGGUUUGGUCAGUGAUGAGGAAAUCUCAGGCCUCCGGAUUGGCUUGGUGUUUCAGAGUGCAGCACUUUUUGAUUCUCUUACAGUCCGUGAAAAUGUUGGUUUUCUAUUGUAUGAAAAUUCCAAGAUGUCAGAGGAUAGGAUAGCAGAACUUGUGGCAGAAAAUUUGGCAGCAGUGGGGCUAAAGGGAGUUGAAGACCGUUUGCCAUCUGAACUGUCUGGUGGCAUGAAAAAACGUGUAGCUUUAGCUAGGUCUCUGAUCUUUGAUAACACAAAGGAGGUGGUAGAACCAGAGGCUGUGUAUUGUAUGCCUUUCCUCAAAUUCUUCCUCGACCAGGUGCUCUUGUAUGAUGAACCCACAGCAGGACUUGAUCCUAUUGCUUCCACCGUAGUUGAAGAUCUCAUCCGCUCUGUGCAUAUGAAAGGAGAGGAUGCCCUUGGAAAGCCAGGAAAGAUCGCAUCCUAUGUGGUUGUCACUCAUCAGCACAGCACCAUAAAAAGAGCUGUUGAUAGAUUGUUGUUUCUUUAUGAGGGAAGGAUAGUGUGGGAAGGAAUGACUCAUGAAUUUACCACAUCCACAAAUCCCAUAGUCAGACAGUUUGCAUCUGGCAGCUUAGAUGGGCCGAUCAAAUACUAAAAAUACACUCGAUAGCAUUUCUGAUGUGCUGGUGAUCUAUUUAAGUUACCCGCCACUCUCUAGACCUCCAUGUAAAGAAAGGACCAAAUCCUCUCAUCAUUCAAAUUAUGAGACAAGGAGGCAAAAUAUGCCAUGCUGAAAUUACUUUUGGCUGUCAGAGAUGCAGUUGGCAAUUAAAAGGCAAUUCCUAGCCUGAUCCAUGUAAUAUUAAUUUUUUAUUCCAUUCUUGAGUUUUCCUUCAAAAUCUGUGUGAGGCAAAUUUGUUGUUCAGUAUAUACAAUUUGUUUUCCAAAGGUUUCUUUA